GUAUGUAUGUGUGUAGCGAUUCGCAAUAAAUGGGGAGCAAGGUGCACGUGGGGUGGUCCCGUGGCGUGGGACACGUGACACGUAUGUGUGUAUUUGCGGAUAUUGAUUUAGUCGACGGUAUCGAUUCCAUCGAAAAUCGUUGCGAACGAAAUCGGUGGUGGCUCAAAAAAAGCGAGACACGUAAUGGAAUAUUUCAAUACUAUUUACCGGCCGUCUGGAAAGUUUCCUGAUCGCUUUGAGGUACUCCACUCUGGGAGACAUGUGAAUAAUUACGCGGAUGGACAAAAAAGACUUUCUCCAUUUUUUGCAAUAUUCACCACGCGAUUUUUAUAGUGUCUCAUGUCAAAAGGAAAUUCGUAACCAGAAUUGAUCUAUCUGAUACCGAAGUUUCCGAAGAACAGCCGUUUUUGUAAAUGUGAUGAUUUUCAGGCAAAAAUAAGCUAUCGCAGGUUUCCUUAUCAGAAAUGUUCGUAAAAUCCAAUAUUGGGUAGCAAAUUCCUGCUGGAUAAAGGGAUUUUCACACAGUCAUGUCGAUUGACUUACAUUAUGCGGCAACGAGUGCGCCCUGCAGAGCGGUUUUAUUGACUGCCGAAGCGAUCGGUAUCUCUCUAAACCUGAUGCCAAUCAAUAUGGCCAUCGGCGAACGUCUGAAACCAGAAAUUAUACAGAUAAAUCCACAGAGAACUGUGCCAUUCAUCGUCGACGGCGAUUACAAAUUGUCCGAGAGUCGAGCCAUCAUGUCUUAUUUAACCGACCAAUAUGGCAAGAAUCCUCGACUGUAUCCUCAAAAUCAGAUGGCUCGUGCCUUGGUCAAUCACCGGCUGCAUUUCGACAUCGGUACUUUGUAUAAAAGCAUGAAAUAUUAUUACUAUCCAGUCAUAUUCAAUGGGGCGACGGAAUACGACGAACAAUAUUAUAAAGAACUCGAACACGCGUUCGAUGUUCUGGACAUGUUUUUGGAUGGACAAGAUUAUGCUGCUGGUCGUAAUUUGACCAUCGCUGAUCUCUCGUUGGUCGCUACUGUAUCAACGAUAGAGGUUUUCGGUUUCGACGUGCAGAGAUACUCGAACGUAGCUAGAUGGCUCGAAAAGAUAAAAUCAUCCGCUCCUGGUUAUCGUAUGGCCAAUGGAGAAGGUAUACAAAUAAUAAAGUCGAUAUUGGAAUCUAAUACAUAAUUUAUACAGACUUUUAAUAAUUAUAGUUAUAGU